UCUUUAUAAACGGUGGCGGCCCGCGCCUGACCUGAAAGACGCAACAGGAUAUUUAAACGAGCAACCGGUGUUUUACUCCUACACUUUUAUCUCCAUUUUUGGGAUACAAUAACAUUCUCGCUUGGAGAGAAUAAAAGACCUCUACUUGAUACAGACACACGAGAAGAGACGAAGAUGAAAUACGUAAUAGGAAUUGGCGGUGUCACUAAUGGUGGCAAGACCACCUUGACAGAGAAGUUGGCCAAAACUUUGCACAACUGCUGUGUCGUGCACCAGGAUGACUUCUUCAAGAAACCCGAUCAGAUAGAAGUCGGGGACAACGGCUUUAAACAAUGGGAUGUGAUCACAUCUUUGGAUAUGGAGGCCAUGACCAGCACCGUCAAAGGUUGGAUUGAAAACCCAGUGAAGUUCGCUCGUUCCCACGGCGUCACGUUGUCUUCUUCCUCUGUGGCCAACCCGGACGAGCAGACCCACAUCCUCAUUGUGGAGGGCUUCCUGCUCUAUAACUACACACCGCUGCUGGAGGUGUUUGACAAGUGCUAUUACAUCAGCAUCCCCUAUGAGGAGUGCAAGAGGAGGAGGAGCACGAGACAAUACACCGUCCCUGACCCCCCCGGCCUGUUUGACGGCCACGUCUGGCCAAUGUACCUCAAGCACCGCGCUGAGAUGGAAGACAGCGGCCUGCACAUUGAGUACAUAGAUGGAUUGAAAUCUAAAGAAGACAUCUACAACAACGUGCAUGAAGACAUUCAGAACAACCUUCUUAAUCGCUCAUAGCACGAAGAUGCACACCACUGCUGUACACAUGCAUGUAAAUACUUCCAGCCAUUCUUUUUUAUAUGGCAUUUUUUUAACAAUAUUUUUUUGUAAAUAGAGUGAAUCAAUGUUAACUUAUCAUUUAGUGUUUGUUUUUGUACCGGCUUCAUUACUUUUUACACCCUGAAACAUUUACAAUAAAGACAUGUAUUCAUGUUUGAAAGCAACUUUAAGCUUUUGUUCCAUCUUUGUAGACUUUAUGGCUAAUCAUCAGGAUUUUUUUCAUAUGGUUUUCUACACCAAAAUUCUUCUUUGGGACAUUUUUCCAAGGUUCUAAACAAAUCCCGGUUUUCCUGGAAAUUCCAACUGUUCAGCUUUUCGGGAGUCGCAGGCUUUCCCUUGACAAAUUCCCAGAAUUCCAGGUUUUUUGGGAAUUUUUUCCCAUUCAAAAUGAAUUGUUAAUUUUUCAAACUUCUAUCAUUUCCACAUUUUUUUAAACAAAUUUGACACAUUCCACUCAUCCUAGACAUUCAAACUCAUUUUUACAGGUAUUCCCAGAAAUCCAGUUUUUCACCUUUUUUUCUAUGAACUACUCCUUCCACAUUUUUCAACCGUUCCACAGUCAAAACAUUCUUCUUAAUCAGGACAAAAAAAGGUUGUUUUUUGAUCUGUGAAAAUUCCAGCAAUUUCAUAUCAUUUCUCAAUUCAAAAUGUUACUACUUCAACAUUUCUUGACUGAUUUUUGAAAAAUUUCAACACAAGUAAUUCAGAACAUUUGACAUUUUUUAGCAU